AAUAUAUUCUUCUCCUGAGUAAAUAUGUUUCCUGAUUCAUGAUCUGUGAUUCAAAUUCAAAUGACAAAUUUUAAAAUUCAAAAUGGCGAUCAAUCUCAAUGUUAAUAUGCGUAGAUACAAUAAAUAGCUUUGUAUUGUAAAUUGUAUUCAACAGUUUUCUUUGUAAUAACAGUGUCAAAGCUAAAUAGUUACAAAUAAGAUCAAAUAAGUGAAAAGAAGAAUAAACUCGGAACUCCACUGCCCGAAGCUCGUGUGAUUAUGUAAUAACUGAUGCGUCACAACUCACAAGUGCAGAAAUAAGAUGGCGAAUAGUGAUAGAUGUUAAUUAUAUCUACUUAGAAGGUAACUAACCACCUAAUCAAUUCACGGAACCAAAAAAACUGAAUUAAUCACAAAAUCCGAGCUUUGCUCAAGAGAAUCUUGUACCGUUGGAUGCUCAUACUGGGCUUCACACAUCUGCGUCUCACUUGGCUAGAGUUAACCGCUAUGGUGCAACUCCAUCAGCUCUGCUCUAAAUGGAAAUUGGGAUCAGAUUGCAGACCUAAAACAUGGAGUGAAGAAGUGAUAAAAUAACCACACUGCAGGCUCACUCAGUAGUUCAACGCCUUGGGACCCUAAUGUCCAUUGCUGUACUCCUAGAACGAAGAGAAGAGUCCAGAACAUCAUACCAGCUGAUUCACACAUUGGACUAUUAGUCGUUAAACAUACCUAUUUGGAAGAAAAAUUAAAAUACUGGAAGUAUUUUAAAUUGAAAAUGAAAAUAAAUAAAAGUGUUGAGUCAUAAAAUGAAACUGCUUCGCUAAACACUGCGUUGCAGUUAUUUGGUCUUCAAAUUUUGAAAAUGUGAAGGAAGGUAACUUCAGUCACUAGACAUGGCUGAAAAAGAUUUCGAAGCCCUACUGUCUUAAACCACCUGAAUCCAGUAGCACCCUGCAAAAUAUUUCAAAUCAAAGGUACACAUACUGGAGGGCUUACCAGACUUGGGUCAGUGUUUCAUUGCCUUGGGACCCUUAUAUCCAUUGUCACUUAGACUUAGUGACUCGUUGAACUAUUUUGUUAAUUUUGUUCUUCUGUGGAACUCCUAAUUCGUAUGGUACAUACUGUAUCAACUCACAAGAACAGUUUAUCAUUUUGUAUUAUAUAAACUUUUCUUUUUGUUGAUGCAGUAUUAAAUAACACGUUUGUCAUCAAACCUGUUUGGUCUUUAUGGUUUUCACCAGGGUAUUGAUUAUGCUCAAUCCUCAUUUUUUUAGCUGUUUUGACAAUUCUUUUCUCUUCUCUUUUAAAGUGUCUAUAACACUAGAGGUCUGAAAUUGUUUGUAACAUACUCCAGUUGUGUUCAAUUAAAUGGAAAAGCUUACAAUUAAAUGAAAUUUGACUAAUUGUUAUGUCAAAUUGUUCUUUUGAUAGUGUUGGUUUUUUUAAACCUUAAACUUCUAAAAAUGAAGAUUAAGAAUACUCUAUCUGCUUUACUUACUAAGUACCUAACAACAUAGUCAAUUUAUGGUAACAAAAAAUACAAUGAAGCAUAAUAUCACAGAUUCGCUGAAGAGAAUUCUGUUUCCAAGUUCUUUUCACAUGAUUGCUAGUCGCUCAAGCUAGGCUUCCCGCAUAUGGGUCUCACUCAGCUAGAGUUGACUGUGACAGUGAUAUUCAGUCAUUUCAGCCCUAAAUGUAAAUUGGGACAAGAUUUAACUCAAUCAAGACUAAUGAAUAUAUGUUCACAACCUCAACAGCUUCACAGUUAUGCGGUUGCAAUUGAUCGGAGGCUCUGCUCCUGCUAGAGAGGAGAGACAGGAGUCCAGAGCAUCAUACUGGUGUAGAUCCACUUCUAUUGGACUAUUAGUCUUUUAACAUCAUACUUAAUUGGAAGGAAAAUGGAUAUAGUGGAAGUAUUUUAAAAAUUAAAAUAUAAAACGUAAAAGUGCUUCAUCAUCAGCCAAUACUCUCCCGAUGUAUGUCCACCGUCUUGAACCCCCUGAAUCCAGUGGCAACUGGCAAAAUGUUCACAUGCUGGAGGGUACCACACUGCAAGGUCAGCAUUUCACCACCUCUGAACCCUCAAUAUCCAUCAAUCUGGUUCGUCCAUUGUCACUUGAGGCUUGACUCAUUGAGUUAUCUAUCUUUGGUUCUUCUGUGGCAAAAUGUUUUGUCUGUAGUUCACAUACUGGAGGGUUAGAAUUUCACUACCUCUGUACCUCAAUAUUUGGAUAUUGAUGAUUGGUUAUGAUGGCAGGCUAGAUUGUUGGUAAUCUGGCCUGUCCGUUGUCACUUGAGGCUUGACUCAUUGAGUUAUGUAUUUGGUUCUUCUGCGGACCUCCUCAUCAAUAUGGUACAUACUAUAUCAACGUUAAAGAACGGUUUACCCUUCUAAUUAUAAUAUAAACCUUUCUUUUUGUUGAUGCAGUAUUAAAGUAUAGGUUUGUCAUCAAACCUAUUUGGUCUUUAAGCUUUUCAGCUGGGUAUUGCUUCUGCUCUGACCUCGGUAGUAAACAAUUACUCAGGUUUUCAAACAACUUCUCUUAAAAUAUCUAUAACAUUAGAGGAGGUCCAAGAUUGUUAUUUAUACUUCAGUUGUUUUGUCAAAUUAAUUCAAAAAGAGGUGAUCCAAUCAUGCAAUCUUUUGAUAGUGUUAGUUUUCCAGAUUAAUAUGUAGGUAUUUGAAAAUAAAAAUAAAAAUAUUCACAUCACAAUGCAACAAAACGUUGGAGGAGAGUUAGUUAAAAGUUUUAAAAUAUUAAAGUUUCAUUCAUUAAAUUAUUAUUAAAUUCUGUAUCAGGAUCACAACUGAUUUUAUAAGGUGCGCCAUAAUAAAAAAAGUAUUUUAUUAAAGCGCUUUUUAUUUCUGGUGUUGAUCUACAUUUCAUCUCAACGACUUGACCUAAUUUUGAGAAAGAAUCAACUAAAUUAAAAAUGAUAUUCCUUCUCUUAAAAAUACAACCAUAAAUAUUUCCUGAAACAAGUUUGUAUUAACUGCAACUGUGCUUUCAAGGGAUUUCUAUCAUAAUUAAUUCUUUUACAUGUGUCACAAUUAUUUAAGACUUUGUUUAUGGUUUUAGUUUGAUUGACGAUUAAAAUUGGGCUGAAAUUUUUGCCGAUUAAAGAAGUGAGGCUGAUAUUUUUGUUGAUUUGAAUGAGGUUGGUAAUUUUGUCGACCAAAUUGUGUUUUCUUUUGAAAAUUGAAGUUUCUAUUUUCAAGAAACGAUUGCACUGCGUUGCUACCACUUUGUCGAGGAUCACGAGAUUCUUUCGCUGAGUCUUCUUGAUGCUGUUCUUGUGACGAAAACUAAUUACCGACGAAUCUUCGUGAAACUAUCCUACCGACUGCGCCAGUUUUGUUUCUCGUGGCUUGGCGGGUACGGACUACUGAAUCUUACGGGAGACUAAUCGACGGUUGAAUAAAAACUCGAAGAUUUGCUGCAGCGAUCAAUUUUAUAAAAUAUAAAAAAUGUUUCUUUCAUUAUAUUAUUAUUAAAUUCCGUACCAGUAUCACAGCUGAUUUUAUCAGGUACGCCAUAAUGAGAAAAGUAUUUUAUUAAAGCUCUUCUUAUUUCUGGUGUUGAUCUACAUUUGAUCUUAAUGGCUUGACCAAAUUUUGAGAAAGAAUCAACUAAAGUUAAAAAUUAUAUUCCUUCUAUUAAAAAUACAUCUACUUAUAAAUAUUUCCUGAAAGUGACUAUUACAAGUUUGUGUUAAGGGAUUUCUAUCAUAUUUCAUGCUUUUACAUGUGUCGCAAUUAUUUAUGACUUUAGAUAUGGUUAUAAUUUGAUUGACGAUUAAAAUUGGGAUGAAAUUUUUGUCGAUAUGAAUUAGGUUGAUUACGUUGUCGAUUAAAUUGUGUUUUCUUUUGAAAAUUAAAGUUUCAUUUCAUCCUUUCUGAAGACUUUCAUGUUGUGAUGACCAUAGAUUAAACGAUAAAGUCGUGAUGGCACGGCGCGAGGCAGGGGGCGCGGAGAGGGGGGAACGAGGAGGCAUUGCGCAGCCGAGCGGACGUGCACGCACGAGUUUGUCAAAUAAAUUAUUUUGUGUUUGGAUUUUAGCCUUACCUUAUCCUGGUGACAAGUAGGACGUCACAACUGGCGACGAGUCCUAAAGGGUCACAAACAAUGUCCCAUAUACCAUCCUUAGAAACAUUCGAUUGCGAUGGCGAUCCCGCAUCUGUAGGUUUGCGGUGGGAGAAAUGGAAACGUGGUUUAGAAAUAUUUCUAAUAGCGUCAGAUAUAAGCGAUCCAAAAAAACGCAAGGCUAACUUACUCCACUUGGGAGGGUUGGCGUUACAAGAAAUAUACUAUAAUUUACCGGGCGACCAAAACACUGAUGCUGAUGAAUAUGAUUUUGCAAUAAAGAAACUAGAUACUUUCUUCUCUCCGAUGCAAAGUAAAAUUUAUGAAAGACAUUUAUUCAGAUUAUUAAAACAGGAGCCAAAUGAAAAAUUCGAUAAAUUUUUAGUGCGAUUACGUCAUCAAAGUAGUAAAUGCAAAUUUUCUAAUAAUGAGGAUAACAUUAUUGAUCAGAUCGUAGAGAAAUGUAAUUCUAAAGAUCUAAGAAAAAAAAUACUUACACUGGGCGAUGAUGCUACUCUUGACAAAAUAAUAGCUCAGGCAAAUGCCAUUGAGGCCGUUGAACGGCAACUGGAUGAUUUCGGUCAAGCAUCUAACACAUCUGGUGUAUAUAAAAUUGACACAAAAUACAUUAAGUCUGAAAAUUCAGAAUGUUUUCGGUGUGGUAGUGUGCGCCAUUCAGCAGACAGUAAUAUUUGCCCGGCAAGAAAUAAACAGUGUCUAAAAUGUGGAUUCCUAGGACAUUUUAGAAAUAAAUGUCGAACUCGAGCUAGCAAAAGGAAUAGUUCUAUUUUAAAGGCAACAGAUAAUUAUCCGAGGAAAAAAAUGAAGAUAGCAAGCGAUGAUCAAAAGAAAUCUGAAACUAACCAGAAACCGUAUACUACAUCUCAUAUCAAAACUGAUGUUAAUUAUAUAUUUCACAUUGACGACGACGCCUUAAUGAGCUGCAAUGUAGGAGGAGUUCAAAUUGAUAUGAUUAUUGAUUCCGGCAGCAAACACAAUAUUUUAAGUGACAAAACUUGGAGUUACUUAAAAAAGUAUAAAGUGGCAGUUAGAAAUCAAAUUGCUAAGCCGGAUAAAACAUUUAUUGCUUAUGGUAGUGAUAAACCUCUUAUCGUAACUGGAUCCUUUGAUACUGAUAUUCAAGUAGCAGAUCAGGUACAAACGGCAACAUUUUAUGUCGUAAAAGAUGGAACACGAGAUUUGUUGGGAAAAGAUACUGCCAUAUCUCUUAAAGUGCUUAAAUUAGGAUUAGAAAUAAACGCGGUAAGCGAAACUAGUUUUCCUAAAAUUAAAAACGUGGAACUUAAUAUAUCUAUAAAUAAAUUGCUUAAGCCUGUAGCUCAGCCCUGUCGGCGAGUACCCAUACCACUGGAGGAAAAAAUUAAUAAAAAAAUAGAAUAUCUCAUCAAAUUGGAUAUAAUUGAGCCAGUAAAAGUUCCAUCUGGUUGGGUUUCGCCGAUAGUUCCAGUGCUUAAACCUAAUGGGGAAAUUAGGGUAUGCAUAGACAUGCGACACGCAAAUAAGGCUAUUGUAAGAGAAAAUUAUCCUUUGCCUACAAUGGAUCAGUUGCUUCCUAAAUUUAAAAAAGCCAAGCUAUUCUCUAAAUUGGACAUUAAAGACGCAUUCCAUCAAGUUGAAUUAAGUGAGGAUUCUAGAGAUAUAACGACAUUUAUUACCAGCAAAGGCUUAUAUCGCUAUAAAAGAUUGAUGUUUGGCAUUUCAUGUGCUCCAGAGCAAUUCCAAAAAAUACUUGAAAGAAUCCUUUUGCCGUGCGAGGGCGUGGUAAACUUUAUAGACGAUAUUGUAGUUUAUGGAGAAAAUAAAGCCGAACAUAAUGCUAGAUUAGAAAAACUUUUAGCUACUUUAAAAGAAAGCAAUAUUCUUCUAAACCAAAAUAAGUGUGUUUUUUGUGUGAAAAGUAUAAAAUUUCUCGGCCAUGAGUUAUCAAUAGAAGGGGUCAAGCCCCUAGAUAAAUAUGUCAAGGUUGUAAAACAAUUUAGGAACCCGACAACGGUUGAAGAAGUGCAAAGUUUUUUAGGCCUUGUUAAUUACGUAAAUAAGUGGAUACCAAAUUUAGCUACUAAAUCUGAACCCCUUAGAAGAUUAUUGACCCUAAAAUUAGGAAAAAAUGCACAUAUCGGUUCAUAUUGGGGUCCUGAACAGACCGACUCUUUCAAAGAGCUCAAAGACUCUCUAAGUAAUAUUCACACUCUCGGCUACUAUGAUCUGAACGAUAAAACUACUGUUAUGGCAGAUGCAAGUCCGGUAGGGUUAGGUGCAGUGCUUAUUCAGUCCGACAGUAACGGACCUCGUAUAAUUGCUUAUGGCAAUAAAAGCCUAACUGACGUUGAAAAACGUUACUGUCAGACAGAAAAGGAAGCACUUGCAUUAGUCUGGGCAGUUGAACAUUUCGAUAUAUAUCUAUUCGGCAAAGAUACGUUUGAUUUAGUAACCGACCAUAAACCGCUGGAGGUUAUAUUCGGCAGCCGCUUGAAAACUUGUGCCCGAAUUGAGCGUUGGGUGCUUCGUCUUCAAGCUUAUAAUUUCAAGGUGCUAUAUAAGCCAGGCAAAACAAAUAUUGCCGAUUGUCUAUCUCGAUUAUGUGCUACAAAUAAUCCCCAGCCGUUUGAGGAUGAAAAUCACAUAGAUCAAAUUGUUCAACUAGCUAGACCGUGUGCCUUAGAGAUGAAAACAUUAACGGAAUUGUCCUUAGAUGAUAAUGAAAUUCGACUAGUUAAUGAAGCUUUGUCAUCCAAUAACUGGGACCCAUUAAUAAAUAUUUAUAGAAUAUUUCAAACUGAACUCUGGACAUAUGAAGGCCUUUUGUUGAGAGGAACUAAGAUUGUCAUUCCCUUAAAGUUACGACACCAAGUUUUGGAGGCAGCCCACGAGGGACAUCCAGGUAUUGGUGCAAUGAAAGCACGUUUACGAACCAAAGUAUGGUGGCCCAAAAUAGACAGUGAUGCUGAGAAAUUUGUAAAGAGUUGUAAGGGUUGCACUUUGGUUUCUGCACCGAAUCCUCCAAUACCAAUGAAACGUCGUGAGCUGCCAUCUAAGCCUUGGAUUGACGUUGCAAUCGAUUUUCUCGGUCCAUUGCCUAGCGGACAUCAUCUUUUUGUUAUAGUUGAUUACUAUAGUAGAUACAAAGAAAUUAAACUAAUGAAAACGAUAACAUCUGCUGAAACAAUUAAAGUCUUAAGAGAAAUUUUUUCUAGGCUAGGAUCGCCUUUUAGCAUUACCGCCGAUAAUGCUAAAUCUUUUAGUAGCGAUGAAUUUAAAAACUUUUGUAAAAUUUUAGGAAUAAAUAUUUUUUAUACUACACCAUACUCUCCUCAACAAAAUGGCGAAGUUGAACGACAAAACCGGGAUAUCCUUAAACGUCUUAAAAUUAGUCAAUCUGAGAAAUCAAAUUGGUAUGAGGAUUUACUAUUGUAUCUCACUAUGUACAACAGUACCCCCCACUCUACUACUGGUAAAACUCCCUCAGAGUUAUUUUUUGGCAGACAGUUUAGGGAUAAACUACUUCCUUCGUUGAUAGAUUUAGAAAACACAUCAAUUUCAGAAAUUAAAGAUAAAGACAAAAUAAUGAAAGAGAAAGGGAAAGAAUAUGGAGAUAGGAGAAGGAAGGCACAAGAUAUAGAUAUUGGCUUUGGAGAGAAGGUAUAUGUCAAAAACAUGGUAAAGGAGAAUAAACUCACCACAAACUUUAAUCCAACAACACAUACGGUUUUAAACCACAAAGGCCCUGAAUAUAAUAUACGAAACGAUGAGACAGGACAAGAAUUAAGGAGAAAUAUUAUUCACUUAAAACGAAUUGAAGGUCAGUGGGGAGUAGUAGGAGGUGAUGAAGAUGAUUCGGAUAAAAUAAGUGAUCUUAACAGCGAUUAAAUAAUUUCUAUAAUUGCGGACGCAUUAAAGAUGUUUAGUUUUGUUUUAAGUAUGAUUACAGUUAAUUAUUGUUGUAUAUGAAUUAUAUUUAAAUAUUUCAAUUUGUCAAAAAAGGAGAGGUGUGAUGACCAUAGAUUAAACGAUAAAGUCGUGAUGGCACGGCGCGAGGCAGGGGGCGCGGAGAGGGGGGAACGAGGAGGUAUUGCGCAGCCGAGCGGACGUGCACGCACGAGUUUGUCAAAUAAAUUA